GGGACGGGCGGAUUUUUGUGUCCCGGAGCCGCGGCGAGUGCCGGCGACCGUGGGCGCACCUAGUGAGAACGCGAGGCCGCCGGGCACCUUUAGACCGCCAGCAACUGAGGUGAACAGGUUGACAGAGGAGGAGAUGGCACGGAGACGUGAGAAAGGGCUUUGUUUCCAGUGUGAGGAAAAGUACACGCCGAGACAUCAGUGCAAGCAGAAUUUCUUGAUCGAGUUCGUGGACUCGGAUGACGAGGAGCCGGUGAUCGAGGAAGACCGCCUCAUCGGCGUGUUCCAGCAGGAAGAACGGGAGGUGGAGGUCGAGGUGCUCAAUGACAAGGCCGAGAUCUCAGUCCAUGCGAUGGCGGGCACUAAAGGGCCAAGGACUAUGAAGUUGCCGGCGUGGUUGAAGGAUCGGCGGGUUACGGUACUCGUGGACAAUGGGUCGUCGCACAAUUUCAUUAAUGCGACUCUCUCACACAAACUCAAGUUGCCCAUGACCACAAUUGAGUCGUUCGAGGUUAGGGUGGCGAUUGGCGAGCGCUUGCGGUGCUCAGAGAUGUACCGGGGCGUGCCGAUCAAGUUUCAAGGAGUGACGGUGAAGGCGGAUUUAUUUGCCUUGCCUUUGGUGGGGCCGGAUGUGGUGCUUGGGGUGCAGUGGCUCGAGGGACUCGGAGAUGUGACAACUAACUACUGGAAAGGUGUGAUGAAGUUUGAGGCCGGUGAUCAGCUCGUUACUUUGAAGGCUAGUGAAGGGGCAACCAAGGAGGUUGGUCUAAAAAGCAUCGAGAAG